AUGUGGUAUUUCAACAAUGGUGGAGACUUCCUCUCCAGAAUCAUGUUCCCUGCACAGCAACCUUUCAGCGCAGAAUACAAAUGUUAUCCCGUUUCUUUCAUAGGACAUGAUUCAAUGGAACAUGGGAACAAAAUUUUAUUGCCUCAAUCGGCACUCAAUGAUUUAGCAAUGAGGAAUAUUACUUGGCCCAUGCUUUUUAGGGUGGAAAAUCCAAAAAAGGCCACAAAAACUCAUAGCGGAGUACUAGAAUUCAUUUCUGAUGAAGGGACCUGCCACCUUCCCUAUUGGAUGAUGCAAAAUUUGAUGUUGGAAAUAGGAGACACUGUACUAGUACAUAAUGUUUCUCUACCAAAAGGAACUUUCGUUAAACUUAAACCGUUGUCUAUGGAUUACUGGAAUAUAUCAAACCCUAAAGCUGUGCUAGAAACCUCACUAAGAAACUACGCCACUUUAACUGUGGGUGACAUUAUCGCUAUUCAUUACCUAAAUCAUGUGUACGAGAUUAAAAUAACAGAUUUAAAACCAGCAAAUGCGUGUUCUAUCAUUGAGACAGAUAUAGAAGUUGAGUUUGAGGACAUCCCCCCUCCACCGCAGCCAAAAGUCCCCAAGUUGGACCAUUCAACAAAAUCGCCAUCAUCAGUUCCUAGUUCAAGUAUUAGUAGUGCCAAAUCUGCGGUUAUUGGCACAAGAUUAGACGGUAGGGAUCCUACUACAAUUACAAACAACAGAAAUGCUAAUAUCGAACCAUGGAAAAAGAAGAUCCCUCACGGCGUAAGGACCUACAACAGAGAGUAUCAGCAGUUGGUGCGUGAGGGUAGGAUUCCUGGUAUAAGGGGUAAUCACUAG